UUUAUUCAAACGAUUUGCUUAUUUAUUCUUAAGUGGAUCGUACCCAAAUACGACUGCUUCAUCAUCCGAAAUAUCAAGCGCAGUAGGCAAAAUUGUGUUUGAAGGACACGCAACAAAACAGGCAGUUAUGGAAGUUUUAAAUAGCAUAUCGUCAACUACAGCACGGAACGAGGACACCUAUGAAAAAAUAGAAAACAUCAGCAACAAAUCGAUCCGCGAUAAAGUCGCAAGAUUUAUCCCAAGUGUUGCUGAUGUACCAAUGACAACCUUUUCGCAGUGGUUGAUUGGCAUUUCUGCCGCGGUAUCCUCUAUAGUCAAUACUUUAUCUGGCAACCAGCUUAAAAAAACGAAAAUGCUCCAAUGAAAAGCAGCUGCUCGUAAGAAGCAUGUGGUUUCUCGUCCCCGAGAGACAAGAUCAAGCAGUAGCCAGUCUAUUCAAUAAGCACAGCUACAUAGACAGUGUCGUAAAUGGGGAAUGCACCACAAUCGGAUACGCUCGAAAAAGUCUCUCCAACGAAUCCAAGUCAGUGCGCUUGCGUUUGUUGGAGAGCAUGACCUCCAUCUUGGUAGACCCUUGCCGGUGCAGCAAAAUCUUCGUGACACCACUUUGCAAUGCAAAUUCGCCUUUGCUGGAACGAGAUUUAAAACGCAGCCCGUUAACCAAAGAUGUGAGACAUGCACAUGGUGAUAUGCAGGAUCUCAUUUCGUACGUUAAGACAUCCAUGCGUCCCAUAAGGCUGGUGGUUAUUGACUAUGCUGGAUUGACCACAUCACCUCAAGACCUGCUUACUUUUAUAUCGUCCUUGAACUUGGUGAUGUUCGUUGUAGUAUACCACGGUCACAGGUUCGAAUCUUUCUCCAGGGAAAACUUGCUGAAAGAUAUUAGCUUUAAAGCCUUUGCAUACCGCAAGGCACCAAUUCGUCGUUCGAGGCAGUUGCUGUUUCAUGAGCAACUGUAGCGACAGCCUCGACAACCACUCUUGGAUUCCAUCAUUUGUUAGUUUUUACAAUGAUCAACCUUGUAUGAUUCCCUAAUAAAUCACUAUUUUCCUAUUUCC